CCAACCAUGUGAAGUCCGUGUACAGUGUAGCCCGAAAAAGAGAGAGAGAGAGAGAGAGAGAGAUAAAGAGCCGGUCAUCGCCGCCGCCCGUUGUACUAUCCCACGCCCGCGCCGCCCGCAGAUGGCGCACCCCAACUCCUCCUCCUCCCCCUCCAUCCGCGUCCUCGUCCGUACCCCACCUCCAACUGCAUCCUCCACCUCUCCUGCUUCCUCUUCCACCUCCGUUGGCCCCGUCCCCACCGCUGCCCCCGCCGCCGCCAGCAUCUCCGUCAGCAACCCUUCUUCCUCUCCUCUUCCUCCUCCAUCUCCUUCUCCUUCUAAUCCCGAAGGCGUCGUGGUCGUAGGCUUCCUCGGCAGUAGGCCAAGCACCGACGCUACCCAUCUGAUCAACAGGAUCCUCGACGCGAACGUCUUCGGCUGCGGAAACCUCGACAAGGAUCUCUUCGCUUCUCGGUCCGAGUCAAGCGGGCAGGUGGAGGAGUGGUUCCGCCGCCGCAGGAUCAGUUUUCACUUUGAGAAAGAGAAAGGGGUGGUCUUCCUCCAGUUCUCGUCGUCUUUGUCGCCGUUUUCGUUGCUGUGCUCCUCUAGAACAGAUGACGAGGGGUAUAGGUCGGUUUCGGCUUUGGAAACCUGUGAUGCUGAUGAUCUCCGGGGGAUGCUGUUCAUGUUCUCCGUCUGUCAUGUGAUUAUAUUUCUUCAAGAUGGUGCCCGAUUUGAUACCCAGAUCUUAAAAAGGUUCCGGAUGCUGCAAAAUGCAAAGCAUGCUUUAGCCCCUUUUGUAAGAUCCAAAAUUGCACCGACAUUAUCGAAAACCACUUCAGCCAUCUUGCUUCCCAAUGCAGCUAGAGUCACUUCCAUAUCUCCUCCCAGCCGACGUAGUGGAGCCUCAAAUCGCCAUGGUUCAUCCAUCUCUUUAAUGUCGGGUUCAGGGAGUAAUUCAUCUGUGCUUCCAGGCCAGUGUACUCCUGUCAUUCUCUUUGUGUUUGUUGAUGACCUAUUUGAUGGGUCCAAUCCUUCCCCCAUUGCUGAGGAUUCUGGUGAUGCAAUGUCUCUUACUCAGCUUACAAGCGUAGGUGGACCGUCGAAGCCUGGUUUAAGCGUAAAAGGUUCUGGUCCUGUGGUAGUGCUAACACACCCGGCUAGUAAAAAUGAAGGUAGUUUCAAGAAAAAGUUGCAAUCAUCACUAGAGUCACAAGUCAGAUUUUUGAUAAAGAAAUGCCGAACAUUGGUUGGCACAGAACACAGUAAUCUUGGUCCAAGAGGUGCCGGUAGUCUGAGUAACCUGCCCUUGUUUUUGCUUGAUGCAUCAAGGAUUGUUUCACUGGUAGAUAGGUCUAUGAUCCAAAGAGGUGAAUCACUUGAUUUUAUGACAGGGCUUAUUGAGGAUGCAUUGAAUUCAAAACGUGCAAUUGAUGUGUUCUCUCUUGAAAACCAUUGCCAGAAUUUGAAUAAUGAGGAUAUUCAGUCAAUCAAGGAUUUUCUGUACAGGCAGGUUGACGCUUUAAGAGGUAGAGGAGGGUUACCAGGUAGCGCGAGUAGUGGUUCAGUAGUUGGUGUGGGAAUGGUAGCAGCAGCAGCAGCAGCUGCAGCAGCAUCAGCUGCAGCUGGGAAGCCUGUUAGUGCUCCUGAACUCCCAAGUCUGGAACGCUGGUUGUCUCUUAGUAGUCUGAUCCUUGAUUCAUUGCUUUCUGUUGAAGACAGCUUUCUAGAUGAAGAUGGAAAAGUUAAGAGAUCAUUCCUUGAAAAACAUGCCAAUGAGAUGCAGGAUCAACAAAUUUCUCUUGAAGAUGCUAAAUCUAUUGAAGCAGCUAUAUCUUGUCUGGAAAGUAGCAAGGACCUGAACUUGAAGUUUUCUAUUUCUUGGUGUCAAAGAGCUCUCCCAGCUGCUAAGAAAGUAUACCUAAAUGAGUUACCUCCUUUUUAUCCAACUUCUUUGCAUAAGGCCCAUUUGGAGAGGGCUUUGCACUUUUUCAAUUCCAUGGUUAAAGGACCAGCCAUGCAAAAAUUUUCAAGGAAGCUGGAAGAGGAGUGCACGACAAUAUGGGAAUCAGGAAGACAACUCUGUGAUGCUGUUAGUCUUACAGGAAAGCCAUGCAUGCACCAGAUACAUGAUGACAAAAAACAACACUCCAGCGGAUAUGUUUUUCUGCAUGCCUGUGCUUGCGGCCGAUCAAGAAAACUUCGUGAUGAUCCUUUUGAUUUUGAGAGUGCAAACAUAACUUUCAGUUGCUUUGCCAAUUGUGAAGAUCUCCUUCCAACUCUUAUAUUACCUAGAGGAAGUCAUGUAAGACCUCUUUCUGAGAACUCAUGGCGUUUGAUGCGCAUAGCUGGAGGAAGAUAUUAUAAACCAUCAAAGGGCUUGCUUCAAACUGGAUUCUCCUCCACUGAAAAGUACUUGCUUAAGUGGACAAUUUCUCUUGAGAAACAAAAGGGAGCAAAUAGCUUGCUUUUUAAUACAGUGGGCAAGUCUUCUUUUGCAAAUUCAACUCCAGAAUGUAAGCUUUCGCCUGUUUUAGAUGAUGACGUAAAGAAAACUGGUGCUGGUCAGUUGCAGAGAGAAACUAAGUCUGGAGCAUCUGAAAAUUUUAGAAAGAAAUCGGAGGCGGUGCCCCUUGAGGACUCAAGUAUUAGCUUUGGGAAGGGUCUUCCAUCUUUUCCUAUGAAGAAGCCUUUCUCUGAAGUUGUUGCUGGUAAUAAUAGUGUAGAUCCAUUUCCAAGUCUUCAGCAGAAAAAACUGCCAAAAGAAAACACAGAAAAAAUUGUGAGAAAAUUAGGUGUUCCCCAUCAAAAUGGGCAUCGAGUUUCUGUAGCUGAUAAUCAUGAAGGACCUCAAAAAGCUGAACAUACGUUCUCACAUGAAAGCAUAACCAGAUCAGGUACUAAAGGCCAAACUGAAGGCAACCCUGUUUUGCAGAUAGGGAGCAACAUAGUGCCAGUAAAUAUUGGUGGUGAAAAAAUUCCAAAGGAUAAUCAUUCAAAGCAAGUCAUCGUGUAUGUUGGAUUUGAACAUGAGUGCUCCUUCGGUCACCGGUUUCUGAUAUCUCCAGAGCACCUGAAAGAGCUUGAGUCUUCAUAUUCUUUGGCAGAUAAAUUACAUUCCUCUGCUGAUGAUUCUGGUCAAAAUUCAGAUACUAAGACUGGUUUGUAUGAGAAAGUUCCAGAAAACUUAUCUGGAACAACUUCCACUGUAAAUAACAUGAAGAAAACUCAAAAGUCCAUGGAAACAUCAGCUAAAUGUAAUGAACAGCAAGGUAGAAUCACACUAUUAUCCAGAUAUGGCGCUGAAUGGUUUGAGCCUGUUAAUGGACUUCCAUUACCUGCAGGCUAUGAGCAAAAGCUUGACAGAAAUAUUUUACAUGUUAGGCUUGAUGAUGGUGGAUCUGCAUUUUCUCUUUUGAACAGAAAGUUACCGCUACAUAUGAACUGCCCUUAUUGUAGGAAUUUAACAAGAAAGGAUCAAAAGAUUAAAUUUGCAGGUACAACAUCACAACUUCAGCGCAUUUUUCUGGUGACACCGCCGCUCCCUACUGUUUUAGCAACAUGCCCAGUAAUACAAUUCGAGGACUCUUGUCUACCUCCAUCUAUUCAAAACCGUGAGCAGCAAUCACAAUUUAGCCUCGACUGUCAAGUCAUUCUUCCACCAGAAAGCUUUCUUACAUUUAAGCUCCCAUUUGUCUAUGGUGUCCAAAUGGAUGAUGGAAGUCUGCAUCCACUUAACCACCUUGAACAUCAGCCAGAGCUCACAGCAUGGCUUGUUGAAGGAACAGCUUUGCAGGUUGUCUCAACGGGACACGAAUAUUAUGAAGAUGCUUCGAUGGGAAAAAAUCAAGGAUGAUAGGUUAGCACCUUCUGGUCUGAAAAUCAGAUAGAAAGUUUCUAAAUAUAGCUCCGUGGCGAAGGUUUUGCUAUAUGAUUGGCUAUUAUGUAAAUUCAUCUGUAGUACAGUCAAGUGGGCUCGAGUUUCUUAUAUUUUCACCAAGCAUUAUGGACAAAUGAUUCAUGAAAUGGAUACCGGAACCAUACACACAGCUUUGUGAAUCUUAAACAUGCCAGGGGUUGGACUGUUCUGUUUAUUUUAGUUGAGUUCCAACAGAUCUUUCUUGGAUGGUGAUGAGUCCAUGUUAACCUGCCUUUGAUGUUUGAUUGCAUAGAAGUGCUUGAACAGAAGGAAGAACAACGAAACUGGAAUGAUCUUUAGAGAGAAUAUGGACUCGGGUCUUCGUUGUACAUGUGGCAUCAGAGAUUGAGGUGCUCUGUGGAGCUCUUGAUGA